CGUCGACACUGUUCAUCAUUUAUAAAAAGGUGUAAUUUGAAGUAAGAGUGGACUCAAAUCGACCAUCUAUCGUGACCUAAGGGUCUGUAUGAAGGGAUGUGAUGACCCAUGCACGACAGAAGGACUCUCUGAGCAGAUACCAUCCCGGUAACUCCUGGGAGCAGUUCAGGGGGGUGCCACAUGCUGAGGUCAUGGUGGGAGCCCGGCCUGAUCGCCCAAAACUAAAAAGAGGGAGGCCCAAGAAGAUCAAGAGGGGCAGAGCGAAAGAGCGCAAUGAUCUGAGAGUGGUGGAGAAGAAGGAGGAGGAGAAGGACAGGAAGCUGUACCCUCUCAGGGCCAGGACACUGGAUCAAUGUGAGGAGGACACCCUCAACUGUUGCGUCUUUCUCACCCGUCUGGAGGAGAGUGGUGAUGAGGACAAGGUGAGCUGCUUGAAAGGUCGAAUAGAGACCAAAGAGGAAGGGAGCCAUAAUCUGGUGCGUGGAAGGACCAAGCCCUGCAAGUUUAGACAAAAGACCUUCAAAGCUUAUCAGAAAUUGCCGGAAUUAAACAAACAAUUAAAACUGUUAUGCACAUUACCUGUUGUGGAUCCUCGCAAACGGAGACUAGCCUCUCUGAAUGCGGAGGCUGUGAAUAGUCUGCUCUUAAAUAGAGAAUAUCCUCAAGGGGCCAGACUCAUAAAGAAGCUACAGUCCAAUGGGAAUCUGGCAAAAGAUGCAGUAAUUUUGGGACACAACACCCCAAGGGGUCCUAAAGUGGCAAAAUCAGACAUUUAUGUAACUGGAAGUUCCAAACAAAACAAAAAGUCUAUGAAGAUGGAGGACAUGGAUCUGCUGAGUCUGUACGGUCCUACCCCCCGGCGUCAGGCCAGUCUCAACGCUGCUGCUUUGCUCAAGAUCACCAGCACCUCCUUCAAAGCCAAACACCGGGUGGCUAAGACCAACUGCAAGCAACUGAGUGCAGUACUGAGGACCAAACAGUCGCUGCACCCCAAGCUAAAGAAACAACAGUAUCAUAAACUCCAACACGGGAAAUACCAGACCCAUCCACAGCUGGUUCAGAAAUGCUGUAAUCUCUAUAAGAGGGAGUCAUUCCACCCCGAACCCCAGUGGGAGGGGAUUACAGGGGUGAACGGCUCCAUCAGAUCUGGCUUCCAGUGUCGAGCCUUGCUGGGCUACCCGAUGAAGUCUGUGAAGGAGGAACAGGUCAAGACGCAGUUGACUCCUUCUUUCUACUGCUGCUCCCAAGAAAGGUCAGUGGAGUAUGGCCACCAACUGGCCCUGUUCCUCAACCAGAAGAGCUUUGGUGAAGACAAACUUGAGGAGCGUUCGCUCUCCAAUAGCUACCUCCCCUCUCCCCGUUCACUGGCCCACCCACAUGCCCUAACCAUAUGCCCCCACCCUUAUCCGUGUUUCUCGGGCUACUACGUCCACUUUUCUCACCAUGAAACCUCCUCUACCCUCAUGACCUCCGUGAGCUCCAUCCCCAUGCCCUACCCUCCCUCCUCUGUGGCGCCCAUCCCGUUGAGCGAGGCUCCACAACAGGGCUCUCUACACUCAGGAAUCACCCACCAGGUCUACUGUUAUGGAGAAUCCUGCCAAAUCAAUGGAUACGCAUAUAGAGCAGUACCGAUGCUAGCCAGCAGGAGGUGCUGUUAUAAAGCAGGCUGCUCCAGCUGCAGCCACAAGAUUAAGAUGGAAGACUACUCCUCGUCUCUGGAGGACCACAGCUCCUCCUCUGUCGCAGCCUCUCCCGCACCCCGGCCCCUCUCCGGCUGCCCCGCCAGCCCCAGCACUCCCCCAGCUGCCCAAUCAGUGGCCUGCUUUCAGACCUCUCUAUCAGACCCCAGCCAACUGCAGGUCCCACUGCAGGUGGUCCGGGAGUGCCCUCAGAGUGCCAAGCCACCCAGCAGCUCUCUGUCUGGGGUGAGCAGUGGCUUACGUUCCAUCUGCCCCCACAUUCAAGACAAGCAGCAGCUGGGGCCCGCCGGCCUCGCAGCCUGCAGAGCUGCCAAGCAGCAGAGGUUCACCCGUCGCCGGGCAACCAAUGGUUGGCUGCCCGUGGGCGUGCCCUUCGAGAGGGAGGUUUUCGCUGUGGGGGAAGAGACAACAGUGUUGCGCAAAUGUUUUGAAGGGGUUACGCGAGAUGGGGAGGUCAUUUGGGUUCGAGACACAGUCCUGCUGCGCUCUGGCCCCAGGAAGAAGUAUCUGCCCUACAUAGCCAAAAUCUCAGCCCUAUGGGAGGACUCAGAAUCCGGAGAGAUGAUGAUGAGUCUGUUUUGGUACUACCGCCCAGAACACACACAGGGAGGCCGCAAUCCCAGCACACACUGUGAGAAUGAGAUUUUUGCAUCUCGUCAUCAGGACCAGAACAGUGUGGCCUGCAUUGAAGACAAGUGCUACGUUUUGACGUUCGCACAGUACUGUAGAUUUUGUGCCUUCGUGAAAUGUCGCGGGAAGGGUCUCCCUGAAAGUGCCACCAGAAUGGUACGGCCUUGUGUUGAAUACGGCACCUCUGCCCACCGCUGUGUGCCCACGGACAUCGACCCCAAUCUGGUGUUCGUCUGUCGCCACGUCUACGACUUCCGCUACGGGCGCAUCCUGAAGAACCUGCAGUAGCACUUUUGAGGCCAGUGGUAGAAGGAAGGAAUAUUAAACAGUAAAAGAAGAGGUUAAAAAUACACUAUUUUGUUCUUUCCUCAGAAUCCUCACCAAAAGCACCUGUUGAGACAGACCAAGACACUCUGUUUUGAGAGGGGCGUGAGAUGUCAACAGUUUUAGGCUGAGUAAGUCUCGAUGUCUGGAAGUGUUUUUGCUCAAUGUCUCUCUCUCUCUCUCUCUCGCAAGUCCUGUGGGUCACAAUUGGUCAAUGAGGAAAUGUUUUUUAUCAUCCCAAGCACAAAUCCCCUUUUUUGUUUUUACUACUUUGCCAAAUGAUGAUUUUAUUUUUCCUUCAUCCCAUUCAUUUGCCUAUAAAUAUGUGGGUUAGUAGACACGUUUUGUGUUGAUAGAUGGUAUAAGUUAAGGCUUGUUUUGGAUUUAAUGGGAUGACUCAUAAAUUAAAUGAAGGCUUAACACUUUUAUCUGUAAUGAUUUAGUCUUGAAUUUAAAUUUUAAUUGGCUUAAGUGUAUAGAGAAAUAUGUAUUUAUAUAUGGAGAAAAUCUCAUUUAUUUUUAAAGUAAUUUAAGAGUGAAUUAUUUAGACUUUUCAAAACGAGAAAUUAUCCAGGCGUUUGCCAACACUGACUCGCUGUCUGCACUGUCUUAGAGGUAAAGUACCUGUGAAUCCCAAACCAGCCCCUCGCCCUUACCAACUCACUCAGAGGUGCCCUUCGUUGUCAUGCCCUCUGUUGUUAUGGGCUGCUGAAGAAAUUCCUAGGGGAACUUCUAGAGUGGAGAAGUGAUGAAAUAAACCCAUCAACUUUGGUACACACUUGUGACUUGAAUCGUGCAAUUCAUGUUUCACAUUUAAAUAAUUUAAAUUAUUAUAUGAGCAGGAAAUUCUAAUGAACAAAUUCCCCUUGUUGUCUUAGAAUAUAUACGUAAACCUCAGUAACAGUUAACAGAUUACAUAGAAUUUUUGAGGUAAUUUAUUUGGUAUUUGCUCAAAAUCAGACACAAAUGAAUGCAUAUUGCGCAAACUCCAAACAUAUUGCGUUGCGUGUUGUGGCUAUCACUUUGAUCAUUUUAACUCCCUCAGUUUUGGACAAUUGUGCAUAUGGCGGAGGCUUGCAUGAACGUGCAAAUGGAGGGCAGAAAGUAAAGGACUGUUUUUUUUUGAUUCAGCAUAUGAAUGACCGGUGACUCUUAACUGGAAGGGCCACCCCAAGAUAAUGUUUUUGCCCUACUACCCUGCCUUGAAUUGACCAAUGAACAAGUGUUCAUUGCCCUUGAGCAAGGUAGUUAACCCCCAACAAUAACUGCUUCCCGGGCGCCGAUGACGUAGAUUGAGGCAUCCCUUGUGGAAGACACAUUUCGGUUGAAUGCAUUCACUUGUGCAAUUGACUACUUUCCAAGAAAAGUAGGACAACAUUGUUAUUUUAUGUAUUUUUUAAAUGCCAUUUUUUUCUGGUAAAUUCUGUUAAUUGAUAACAAAUGCAUUUACCAAAAAGGGAAUAGAAGGAGUGUAAAAUGUCAAAUUCAACUUAUUCCCAGGUGUAGAAAACUCUGAAUUCCAUAUUUCUUAUGUGCAUAUGUUACAAGUUUUAGCAUGGAGUUUCUGGGAAUUCUUGGAAAGGAUAUUUAUAGCACAGUGUUUGUAUCAUUUAACAUGGACCUGUGUAAUAUAAAACAAUAUUUAAAU